CAUCCAUUUACACAAUAAAUUUCACCAUUAUUCCCUUAAUUUUGUUCCCAAUUUUCAUGCCAUUAACCUUCUCUAGGGUUUUGUUUUCAAUUUUGUGGAUUGAAGAUGAGAGGUUUUAAGACGCUUUGGACGAAGAAAACAUGGAUAGGUCUUGGAUUGGGACAGAUUCUGUCUCUUCUCAUCACUUCUACUGGCUUUUCUUCUUCUAAACUUGCCAAACAGGGAAUUGAUGCACCUACCUCACAGUCUUUUGUAAAUUAUGUGCUCUUGGCGUUUGUCUAUGGGAUCACAAUGCUUUCCAGAAGGAAAGCUAUGAAGGCAAAAUGGUAUUACUACAUACUGCUUGGAUUAGUAGAUGUAGAGGCCAAUUACCUUGUGGUAAAGGCCUAUCAAUACACAUCCAUAACAAGUGUCAUGCUGCUUGAUUGUUGGGCAAUCCCUUGUGUGUUGCUGUUCACUUGGCUAUUUUUGAAAACAAAAUAUAGACUGAGGAAGAUAAUCGGUGUCGUAAUCUGUGUGGCUGGUAUCGUCGCAGUUAUUUUUUCCGAUGUUCAUGCCGGUGACCGGGCAGGAGGAAGCAACCCCAUUAAAGGGGAUGCACUGGUUAUUGCUGGUGCUACACUUUAUGCUGUUAGUAAUGUCAGUGAGGAAUUCCUUGUGAAGAAUGCUGGUAGAGUUGAAUUAAUGGCAAUGCUUGGACUCUUUGGUUCAAUCAUCAGUGGAAUCCAAAUUAUAAUAGAGCGGAAUGAGUUAAAAUCAAUUAAUUGGACAGCUGGGGCAGCACUUCCAUUUGUUGGAUUUUCAGUGGCUAUGUUUCUCUUCUACUCGUUAGUUCCUGUAUUGCUUCAGAUCAAUGGAGCGGCAAUGUUGAAUCUGUCUUUGCUAACUUCAGACAUGUGGGCUGUUGUAAUACGAAUUUUUGCUUAUCAUGAGAAGGUCGACUGGAUAUACUUUGUGGCAUUUGCUGCUGUUGUUGUUGGGCUUGUUAUUUAUUCAGUAGCUGACAAAGAAGAAGAUCACAGUCAUGCCGAUGUCGCCAACGAAAUUGUGGACGAGGAAGGAGGGUCGAGAAACCGCAAGAUGAACGAAAGAAGGAACGUCACUGAGGGCAGUAGAAGUAGGCCAGAUGUUACUGUUGGUGGCAAUGCAGGGGUGGAAGCCAGUGACAAGAAGGGUGAGAUAGCUUUGGUAGAACCAGAAUCAUCCACAUUGGGUUUAAGAGUAAUAUAGUUUUGAAUUCCAAUGUCUACAACAGAAGUUGGGAAAUAAAAACAACAGGGGAAGAACUGAAAUGGAAAAUUUUAAGAGAAUUGUUCUAUUAAAAGACAUGAAGGUCAAUUCGGAAGUGUAGUUAGAAAAUGUAGAUUAUACAUCUGUUAAUGCAUAAUGAGAAAAUGUCUACAUUUUAUUUGAUACAAUUUCAUGUGUCUCUUCUCAAAUACAAUAAAUUUAAAGUUGUAAUGUUAUGGAUGGAAAAUCUUCCAAACCACUUCAUAUAAAGGCUAAUGACAUUGUUCAUGAUCCUAAAGCAACGUUCCACCAAAGUGAGUAGCUCAACUGUACUUAGCAUGUACUCCUGUUGAAGGCUUAGGUACCUCAGUAAUGAAGACAACAUGGCAAAAAUGCGCUCGAUUUUCAUUGUUAAGAUCAAUAUUGAGGACACAAAUUCACUA